GAUAUAAUCAUGAUUGGAAUUGCACUAUUUUUGUCUGUUCUACGUGUUUCCAUUGCUGCCGAUUCCACAUGCGCAGAUAUUAGUACUGACGCCUGUCGUCUGCUUGUCCAUGCCGCUCCAAAUUUCUGCUCCACUUUGUCGGGACAAACAGACUGUCCUGCUUUCUGUGGGCUGUGUUCGAGACGGUGUUACCAGUGUCAUGAGGUGAACAACCCCGCAGAUUGUUCGACUUCCGUUACUUGCGGAGUUGGAAAGGAAUGUAUUGUGUCGGAGACAAUCGGGGAUGAUUUCACUUACCAUUUUAAUGUUGGCUGCGUCGAAAAGUCGGUUUGCACUUCCGGUUCCGAUUUACCCCACCCAUCGAGUGCGCCAGGUAUAGUGGGUAAAAGAGCUGUUUUGAAACGUAACCUAGAGUUUGCUUGCUGCGAUUCCGAUCUGUGUAACAACAAACUGCCAUCAGCAUUGCAACCUACAUCUUGUCCAUCUGGGACCCAUGAAUUUAGAGAUGGAUCAGUCCAUCUGUGCUACUUUGUACUCAAACAAGAGCGGAAUGCUGAUGAUGGCGCGCGGGCAUGCGCGACUGCAUUCAAAGGAGGAAAGUUGGCUUACAUUCCUUCAGAUGCGGCAGACAACUUUAUCAAGUUAACAUUCAAAGGUGAUUUUUCUGGGGACCAUUCUGGAGCUUUUAUCGGCGUCUUUGAUAAAGAGCACGAGUUAUCGUUCGUUGAUACAGACGGGUCACCACAGACAUUUUUUGAUUGGCGACACGGACAGCCCAAUGACCCUAAUGUAAAUGACCCCCAUCGAGAACCUGCGCAGGACUGUGUGCGCAUGUUUCCUGUCGACGGAGAGCAUUUCACUUGGCAGGAUAAACCCUGUGAACAGUUAGGCUGGGCUCUGUGUUCUAUUAAUAUUCACAAAUAAAAUGUUCAUCAUCACCUA